GUGGCUUUGUGCUCACGUCAGCACCCUCCACUAGAGGCUGGGUUGUUAAUAGCGGGGAAGGGAGAUCAGCCGAGCUGCUCAGAGAGAAAGACAGAGAGAGAGAGAGAGACACAGACGCACAUUCACAGCGGGUCUUAACCGCAACCCUCCGCUUGGAUAAGGGGCAGCCCAGAACAGGGAAUGGCUUUGCCCCACCACUGGAUGGUGCGUCUGCUCCUGCUGUCCAUCGCCCACGCCUCCCGAGUCCUGUCCCUGCCGGGGUUGAGGGUCCUGUCCUCGGAGGGUUCGGACGCCUCCCUCCCCUGCCUGGACAGCGGCUCCGGCCGGCAGCGGGAGGGCUUCCGCAAGCUGGACCUGCGCUGGACGCGAGAGAGGGUCGCGGCCGGGCGCUACCCGCUGCUGAUGCUGGGCAGCGACGGGGUGGUCAAGAGGGGCCUGAGCGAGCCGAGCCAGCGGGCCCGUGUCUCGGGGGAGCGGGUCGAGGCCGGCGACUACUCCCUGAACCUCCGUGGGGUGCGCGCGGGUGACUCCGGCACCUACCACUGCCUGGUCCGGCAUGGCAACACUCGCCUGGAGGAAGCGGUCAAGCUCCACGUGGUCCAAGUGAGGCUGGUGUCGGAAGGGUUCCCGGUCGAAGGCGGUGAACUUGGGCUGCUCUGUGAAAUCUCCAGCCACUUGCCGGGGGCCAGGACAUCAUGGCACCGGGGAGGGAGCCCGGUGCCAGCCACCGGUCGCUUCCGGACCGAGGAGGGAGGCAGGAGACUGAACAUCGCGGAACUGGAGCCUCAGGACCGGGGGGACUGGGAAUGCAGGGUCGCCUUCGAGGCGCAGACCGUCAGCGCUUGGUACCUGCUGCAGAUAUUCGGCUUCCUCGAGGCGAAACGGGCGGUGCCCGCUGUCUACGCCCGCCCGGGCACCCACGCCCUCCUGUCCCUGGCCCUGGCACCCGGGACGGCCGGGGUUCCCCUGCGCUGGGGCUGGCUGAGGGGCCGGGGGGUGGGUUCCCGGCCGGCUGGGAACGUCCCCCCCCUGGCGGGGGCCUCCCUGCGCCCGGGUUGGCUGUCGCUGAGCCUGGCGCCCGCCCUGCCCUCGGACCGGGGCCUCUUCACCGGUUACCUCAACACGUCGGGCAGCUGGAUCGAGAGGACCGUCCGCUUGGAGUUCGUCGAGG